CAGUUACUACCAUUUGCUGAACUGCAUUCGAUUUCUUAACGUUGCAAAAGUCUCAUUUUCACGGUACAUUUCCUGUACCAUAUAUGUAUUAAUAACAGGUAAACGUUAACCGCAUUUUAUGUUGCGGCGUUUAUCGGUGAUAUCCGCGGGCGAAAUUUCAGAUAAACAGCUCUAAAUUUUCCGAUGCGCCUACAUGCUGCAGCCCAUUUGUACCGACAGUCUGUGAAUCGUUCCUUCUGCGUGGAAAAACUAUUUUCACGAUCUCGGCACCAUCGCUCAUCGUUAUCCUGGUCUGCCUCCAUCACGCCACCAAUUAUCACAUCUUUUGCUGGUUUUCAUUCACAAAUUCCAAACAGCAUUCAUUCCUGUGCAGCAAAAAUGGCAACGGGCAAAGUCAGUCUGCGCGAUCUCUUGUACUAUUCCAUCAAAGCGGCGGAACUGGGCGGUAACCAAGUGCGCGACGUCGUCCAAUCCGGUGUGCUGGAGACGACGUACAAAGAGCGCAAUGUGGAUCCGGUGACGGUGGGUGAUAUCCGCUCCCAUCAGGUGAUGGUGGGAUUGUUUCAGCGGCAGAAAUUCGGCGUGACGAUCAUCUCCGAGGAGGAUGAUUCAACGAAACCGGUGGAGCCGGUGGAUUUGGCCGUGCUGGAUGUCGUGGCCAAGCAUGUACCCGAGGAUUUCGUGCAACAGGUGGGAGGCGAUGAGGAGGCCAGUGUGGGUGAUGUGACGGUGUGGAUCGAUCCGCUGGAUGCCACGCAGGAAUACACCGAGGGGCUCUAUGAAUUCGUCCAGGUAAUGGUUGGAAUUGCCGUAAAAGGCCGGCCGGUUGCCGGUGUACUGCACCGACCAUUUCUGAAGACACCGAUAACCUACUGGGCCUGGGAGAAUCACGGAAUGUGCCCGGAGCUGAAAAGUUUGCGCCGCCCGGAACGAGAUUUUCUCAAAAUUGUCAUGUCGCGCACAGCCAGCCAUGCCGGCAACGUCUUGGGCUUCACGCAGACGGCGCUGGCUGGCAGGAAGUUCGAGUUGGUGCCCCGUGGCGGUGCCGGUGAUAAGUUGCUACAGGUUAUCUUGGGAGAUGCUGACGCUUACCUGCACAUAACCAAAAUCAAAAAAUGGGACUUGUGCGCCGGUCACGGAAUUCUACGCGCUCUGGGCGGCUGCCUGACCAUGCUGGAUGGCGAUGAAAUUAAUUACUCCCCACCCAAAGACAAGCAGGAAGUCCUGGUUCAUAAGGGCUUCAUCGGAACGUUCGGCGGGCAUGACUGGCUGGUGGCGGGAACACGAAAGGCUUACGCCGAAAUGAAAAAAUGAAAAACCCUUUGUCAGUGUUCAACCAAUGAACAAUAACGAUUCCAAGAAAUUCUUUCAAAUUAAUUACUGGGUGGCUCAGAUGCUAUUUGACCUAUUCUGAAUUGGAUAUUUGCUUUUGCCGAAGUUAAAGUUUGUGAAGUUAUGAAGCGGUCUGAAGACACAUGUUUACUUACAAUUAUUUAGCGUAAAAAUUGUGAGUUGUCGUUUUCGAAUGCAUGUUGAUGUUGACAAGUAUACUACACAUAAAAUAAUGUCAGUGA